AAGAGGAGAGCUGGAGAGAGCCCAGCGCCUCGGUCGCCUGCGCCCCGCGCCCCGCGGGCCAUGGGAGCUGGCUGCCCGCAGGGACCACGCCUCUGAGACCCCCCGUCAGCCAGCGGGACCAUGAGGAGCGACCGGGCCCGCAAGGGCAGCGGGGGCCCGAAGGACUUCGGCGCGGGACUCAAGUACAGCUCGCGGCAGGAGAACAUGAAUGGCUUCGAGGAAGGCGUGGAGUUCUUGCCAGUCAACAACGCCAAGAAGGUGGAGAAGCGCGGCCGGAGGCGCUGGGUGGUGCUGGUGGCUGUGCUGUUUGCAUUCCUCCUGCUGUCGCUCCUGGUGGGCUUCCUGGUGUGGCACUUCCAGUACCGGGAAGUGCAGGUGCAGAAGGUCUUCAACGGCUACCUGAGGAUCACAAAUGAGAACUUCCUGGACGCCUACGAGAACUCCAACUCCACUGAAUUUAUGAGCCUGGCCAGCAAGGUGAAGGAAGCGCUGAAGCUGCUCUAUGGUCGCAUUCCGUCCCUGGGUCCCUACCACAAGGAUUCUGCCGUGACCGCCUUCAGCGAGGGCAGCGUCAUCGCCUACUACUGGUCAGAGUUCAGCCUUCCGCAGCACCUGGUGGAAGAGGCGGAGCGUGCCAUGGCCACGGAGCACGUGGUCACGCUGCCGCCUCGGGCGCGGGCCCUGAACUCCUUUGUGAUGACCUCGGUGGUGGCCUUCCCCACUGACCCCAGGACAAUGCAGACAGCGCGGGACAACAGCUGCAGCUUUGCCCUGCAUGCCCGCGGUAGGGAGCAGACGCGCUUCACCACGCCCGGCUUCCCCAACAGCCCCUACCCGGCUCGUGCCCGCUGCCAGUGGGCCCUGCGGGGGGACGCCGACUCGGUGCUGAGCCUCACCUUCCGCAGCUUUGACGUCGCGGCCUGCGACGAGCGUGGCAGUGACAUGGUGGCCGUGUACGACACCCUGAGCGCCAUGGAGCCCCAUGCCCUGGUGCGGCUGUGUGGCACCUACCCUCCCUCCUACAACCUGACCUUCCUCUCCUCCCAGAACGUCUUGCUCGUCACUCUGAUCACCAACACGGAGCGGCGCCACCCCGGCUUCGAGGCCACCUUCUUCCAGCUGCCCAAGAUGACCAGCUGCGGGGGCUUCUUACAGGGAGCCCAGGGGACUUUCAGCAGCCCCUACUACCCUGGCCACUACCCACCCAACAUGGACUGCACGUGGACCAUUGAGGUGCCCAGCAACCAAAAUGUCAAGGUCAUCUUCAAAGUCUUCUACCUGCUGGAGCCCAACGUGCCGCUGGGCGUCUGCCCCAAAGACUACGUGGAGAUCAACGGGGAGAAGUACUGCGGGGAGAGGGCCCAGUUCGUCGUUGCCGGCAACAGCAACAAGCUCACCGUCCGUUUCCACUCGGAUCAGUCCUACACCGACACCGGCUUCUUGGUGGAAUACCUCUCCUAUGACUCCCGCGACCCCUGCCCCGGGAAGUUCAUGUGCAGCACUGGGCGGUGCAUCCGGAAAGACCUGCGCUGUGACGGCUGGGCCGACUGUGCCGACUACAGCGACGAGCUCAACUGCAAAUGCAAUGCCACGUACCAGUUCACGUGCAAGAACCAGCUCUGCAAGCCGCUCUUCUGGGUGUGCGACACCGUGAACGACUGUGGGGACAACAGCGACGAGCUGCAGUGCAGCUGUCCGGCUCAGACCUUCAAGUGCAACAACGGGAAAUGCCUCCCGCAGAGCCAGCAGUGUGAUGGGCAGGACAACUGUGGGGACGGGUCUGACGAGGCCUCGUGUGACAAAGUGAAUGUUGUCACUUGCACCAAAAACACCUACCGCUGUCAGAACGGGCUCUGCGUGAGCAAGGGCAACCCUGAGUGCGACGGCCAGAGAGACUGCAGCGACGGCUCGGAUGAGAAGGACUGUGACUGCGGGCUGCGGUCAUUCUCCAGACAGGCCCGCGUGGUGGGAGGCACGGACGCAGACGAGGGUGAGUGGCCCUGGCAGGUGAGCCUGCACGUCGUGGGCCAGGGCCACGUGUGCGGGGCGUCGCUCAUCUCCCCCAACUGGCUGGUCUCCGCAGCUCACUGCUACAUCGACGACAAAGGAUUCAGGUACUCAGACCCCGCGCAGUGGGUGGCCUUCCUGGGCCUGCAUGACCAGAGCAAGCGCAGCGCGCCGGGGGUGCAGGAGCACCGGCUCAAACGUAUCAUCGUCCACCCCUCCUUCAACGACUUCACCUUCGACUACGACAUCGCCCUGCUGGAGCUGGAGAAGCCGGCCGAGUACAGCACCGCCGUGCGCCCCAUCUGCCUGCCCGACACCUCCCACGUCUUCCCCGCCGGCAAGGCCAUCUGGGUCACGGGCUGGGGACACACGCAGGAGGGGGGCAGCGGCGCGCUGGUCCUACAGAAGGGCGAGAUCCGCAUCAUCAACCAGACCACCUGCGAGGACCUCCUGCCGCAGCAGAUCACGCCGCGCAUGAUGUGCGUGGGCUUCCUCAGCGGGGGCGUGGACGCCUGCCAGGGCGACUCCGGAGGCCCCCUGUCCAGCGUGGAGGGCGAUGGGCGAUUCUUCCAGGCUGGCGUAGUGAGCUGGGGAGAAGGCUGCGCUCAGAGGAACAAGCCGGGCGUGUACACGAGGGUGUCUCUAUUUCGGGCCUGGAUCAAGGACCAGACUGGGGUGUAAAAAAAGCAGGAGCCGCCUAUGGGCCAAUGUGAACAUGCACACCCGAGGGCUGCGGCCCAGGUCGCCGAUUGCCUCCCGGCCCCGGAACCCAGCCUGUGAACAGCAGCCCCGGGCUUCAACCCACAAGGAGAGCCUCUCCACCCUCAGCCUCAUGCGUGGGGCUGGGAGUUGCGGAGGGUGGGUCACAGGCGGUGCUGCUGGCCCAGCAGGGGACAGGGGAUUACAGUCGCAGCCAACCCCUUUUAGCCCCAAACCGGGACGGGCCCCGCCCCACCCCGCAGAUCCUCGGCUUCCUCUGUCUCUAAGGAGCAGCCCCGCGACCCCCUCCGUGGAGUGGUGGGGGCUGCAGGCUCAGGGCUGUGGGGCCCCAGGAUGGUCCUCGUGGGCACGCAGGCCCAAAGGAGCCUGGAAAACAGAUGGGUCUCAGGUUGGGGUUGCUUGGCCAGCUCCCAGGGUGCGCUCCAGUGUGUAUAUUUGUGUG